AUGAACGGACUGUUUCAAGGCGAUCAUCAACUGAAUGCGAGGUCCUCGCUUCCCCUUUCCAUUGCUGGCAGUGGUUCCAGCAAUAAUUUGGCCAACCAACGCAUAGCGCCCUCAUUUAUCGACAACAACAAUGCUACCUUGUCCGUGUCAGAUUCCUUAAACGCCCUGAACCGUCAGAACAAGUGUAUUGGUGAAAUCGGUGGCAAUGGCGGCAUUGGAAAUGAUGCAUCCGCUCUUAUCAAGGUUGGCAUUGGAGGAAACAGCUUGUUCAAGGGUGGGAAUUUGAUGGACAACAACAACAAUAACAAGAGCAAUGGUAUGAUGGUGGACAUCAACAAACGGAAACGCUCGUUACCAGAGACGAAUGACAUCUCUGUAAGCAAAGGCAUCUCAACUUCAGUGAACGACCCAACCUUGCUGCAACGAUUGAAUACCCUAAGUGGAGGCUUUCCCAUGCCCAAAUGGGCUCGGAAUGCGGCGAAUGGGAAUGGUAGUAACAGUGGUGGCUGUGGCAGCAGUAUCCAAACUACUAGUGUUUCUACUUCCAAUGAUAGUACUAGUAUCAGCUCGGGAACGGGAAUCGGUGAACGUCGUCGCAAGGGAAUGAGCAUACAAGAAAUGAUGAAAGAAAGGAAACGUUUAGAACUGGAGCGAGUCAAUAAUCUAAGCGGUGGCUUUCCCUUGCCCAAACUGGACGCGGACGAAACUUCUUUGGGAAGGAAACAACAAGGAAUCCAACCGGCCUCCCUGGAUACCUUUCGUCAAGUCUGGUUGCAAACACCACCUGCAUAUCAAAAGGAAGUUUUGUCACGGAGACUGGAAAGGGGGGAUUUUGUGGGCAAGAAGAAGAGAAGGACGAGAUCAUAG